AUGAGCUUCGUUGUCCCGCGCACUGAAACCGCAAGCCCGACUGCAGAAAGUGCAACAUACACAUACACAAUACGCAGUGACCUACCGUCCUACGCAACGGCGAAUCUAGGGCCCUUGACUACGACAUUCACGCCCAAACAAGGCUGCGACUCCCUCACGGCGAGCACAGCGUGGGAUAACACCAAGUCGGUUUUUAUCCGCUUUGAUUACGCCAAAACCUGUGAUGGAUCCAGUACGCGCGUCGCCACAGAUUGCCUGCCACCCCUCUUCGCCUCUGCCGCCAGCGCCCUUGGUGUUGCUGCUCGGGCUCCGAACCCGGUGCCUCGGAUACUCCCUGUGUAUUCUCCAGGCACCAUUUGUCCCACGGGUUACUGGCCUGCCUGUGGAGUUUCAAGGCAGGCGGAUUUCUUGAUCGCGGAAGGCCUAGGCACGGGAAAGACGGGUCAGUUUAAUGCUGAGACGACGGGCGGUCUGCUCAAGGCCGGGCAGGCUGCAACAGGCUGCUGCCGCAGUGGGUUUACUUGCGACCCCAACAAUCAAUACGGCUGUAAAUCUUCCGCAACCUCGGGCGACGUAAUCACCGCCAAUGCCACCGCCUGCGGCACUGUGUUAGGGACAUACACUUCCAACGCAACCUUCAGCUUGUUCGCAACAGGCCCCUGCAUCAUCCUCGUAAACGACCUACCGAGCUCCAAAACUGCAGCCUCCUCAUCUUCAAGCAAUAGCGCAGCUACAAGCAACAGCUCACCUGCAAGCAGUAGUUCAUCUACCAACAGCGGUGACUUAUCAGUCGGCGCAAAAGCGGCCAUCGGGGUUUGCGUGCCGCUCUUUUCCGUGUUUGCCUUUUUGGGCAUAUUCACGCUGCUACGCCGACGUCGACGCCAGGCCGCGAGCCAGACUGGCAGUGCCGUUGAAGGGGAGGAAGGAGGUGCGGCGGCAGCGGGCGGCGACUGGGCAUACACGCCGGAGCUGGAGGGCACGGAUCCCCGCCAUCCCCGCCAGUCGUUGAUGAUGGGGAGCGACGCCUCCGGACGCGUCGUGUCGCAGCUCUCAGACGGCUCUGCACGGCUGAGCCACUUCAUCAGCGGCCUCGACGGGGCGCCGGAGCUCCACAGCUCGAUGCCACGACUGCACCAGGAGAUCGUGGAGCUGCCGGCGGAGGAAGCCGCGGCCACUGAGGCAAGGCAACGUCGAGUUUACACCUAG